ACUACGGAGGAAUUCAAUACCAGUUUCAUGUCGACAUCAUCGACGGUACAACCAAGUCCAGGGUAUUCAUCAAUAAUGGAUAUAUAUGAACAUCAUAUCCCGGUACUUUAUGUUAUAUCAAAAGCAAAGAUUCUCCUCUACAUAUUUGGAUUUCCUGCGAAUGUGUUGUCAUGUAUACUUUGGUUACGUUCCCCUUUACGUCAUUCAUCCGGAUGUUAUUUUGCCGCUCUCGCUGUAUCAGACGACAUUUUCUUGGCUUUAUCUGUUGUCCUAGAGCUCCAAAAUACGUGGGAUACAAACACUCUUUACCUUCCGAUAGUAUGUGAGAUGUUUCCGGUAUUCUAUCUGGCCGUUCAGUAUUUAUCUCCGCUUCUGACAUUGGCAUUUACUGUUGAAAGGUAUAUUUCUAUACGCUUUCCAUUAAAACGUCGACAGUUCUGCACGGUGAAAAGAGCAAAGUUGGUCAUUUUUUGCCUAGCAGUUUUUGUGGUGUUAGUUUCAUUGAUACAAUCAUAUUUUUGGAAAUACAUACACGGAAUGUGCGAGCUCCGUGAGGAGGUCAAUGAUUUUCGAACAAACUGGAACUGGGUGACGGAAUCCACAAUGUUUAUUAUAGUACCUUUCCUCAUUUUAAUUUUCAACAUUAUAGUUAUUUAUACUAUGAGACAAACAAAGAAAAGAGUAAAAAAGUUAUAUGGACCAAUUCCUCCUCGAAAGCGAACAGCAAAUACGAACACAUUGUUGGUUGUCUCUUUCUAUUUGAUUAUUACGACACUUCCUGUGAGCGUUACAUACAUUUUAUCCGAUCAUUUUCCAAUGUGUUGCCCAGAACAAUUGAGUUAUGAGUUUAUCGAAAAUAAUAUUGUAUGGCAGCGGCAUUUAAACUUUACUGUUGCCAAGGAAAUAGUAUACCUCUUCGGAAUAUCUCAUUAUGCAUUUAACUUUAUUUUAUAUUUAUCAACGGGAAGAAAAUUCAGAAGAGAACUAAAAAAACUAUUUAGAAAACUGACAAAAGCUUGUUCAUCACGAGAGAGUAAUGCAUCAUAGUCUCACUGCAUUGGAAUUAUUUAAAAAACUGGCAAAACCUUGUUCAUUACGAGAGAGUUAGUAUAUCAUAAGUCUUUCUUCAUUGGAAUCAUGUCUAAUCAUUAGUCAAUUUGAUGUGCUAGUGAACUUCCACAAUUUACACGUUCAAAUUGUGUUAUAAUAUUCUUUGUAUGUCCUUAUGGAUUCUUCUUUCAUAUGAUAACAGUUUCAACAAUACAACUGUGUGAUAAAGAUCCAGCAAAAUUAUAACUUUUGCAAAAAAUACAAAUCAAACAAUAAA